AUGGGUAAAAUCGGGCGCUUCGCGUGCAUCAUCACGCCCAUGGCAUUGACGCUCGCGUCGCUCAUAUGCAUCGUGAUCGUCAUGCUGGGCCAGAUGUCUGCGGGCAGCAACAAAGCGCCCGCGACAUCGCUCGGGCGCGAUUUGUACUUCUUCAAGGCAGACACAUCCGCCUUCCAAGCCGACUCCGACUCGCUCCUCGACAACAUCGCCGACUCGGUCAACAUCGACAACAACCUGCUCAACGCGCUGCAAGGCGGUGCCAAGUCCGGCGAACUCAAGGCCUUCUACCAAGUCGGCCUGUGGUCGUACUGCUCCGGCACCAAAGAUGCAAGCACGGGUGAAGAGACGAUUGACUUCUGCUCCAAGAGCUCGACGAGCUUCUGGUUCGACCCGUUCAGCGUGUGGAAGCUCGAGGACACGAGCCUGCAGAAAGCGGUCGGCGAGGACCUGCAAAAGGGCUUGAACACGUACAAGAAGGUUGCGGGGUGGAUGGUGUGGAGUUUUAUCAUUGCGUUGGUACUCAGCGUGGCGGAAUUCAUCAUCGGGUUCUUCGCCAUCUUCAGCAGGUGGGGAAGCAUGGUUACAACGAUUGUGUCGACUGCGCAAACAAUCUUCGUCUUCGCCGCUGCCGUCACCGCCACGUCCAUCUACGCCGUGCUCGCUGGCGUGUUUGAAUCCGUGCUCAAGCCCUACAACAUCAAAGCCUCGCUAGGCCGCCAAAUGCUGUCCGUCGUCUGGCUCGCCGUCGCCUUCAGCCUCGCUUCCGGCCUCUUCUGGCUCUUCAGCACGUGCUGCUGCAGCGGCAAGAGCGCGCACAAGAAGGUCAGCGUGGAGAAGACGCCGUACACGUACGAGCGCGUUGCGAGCCCUGCAUUCCCCGCACAGCACGGUGCGCCGGCGCAGCAUUCUGGAUUUGUCGGCGCGGGGCAGGGACAGAGCGGGACGGCGUAUGAGCCGUUCAGGGGCAGCCGUGUUUAA